AUGGGCCUUUUCAACAAGUCAUCGAGACAUGGCUCAUCUCCUGUGAACAACAGCGCCUCGUGGUCCCAUACUUCGCUGAGGUCUUCAAACUCGUUUUCUUCCGAUGAUUCGCCUUCCAAGGCCAGACCACAGCCGUUGGUCUCUCCAGCGUACGAAGAGGUGCCCAUGUGGAACAUCCUCCCCUCAUACCAACUUUACGAGACCACCUUCUCCCAACACGUGGAGCCCACUUCCGACGAUAAUCUUCAUGAUCCGCCCAUCUACGAGAUCGCAUCGGGGCCCUCUUCCUCAGAGGAGGGGACUCACGACGGGGACUACUUUCUGCAGCCUGCCGACAGAGGCGUGUUCACGAGAUGGGAGAAUAGUGUUUUGGGAAACACCCACAAGCUCAAGAAAUUACUGAGCAUAGCACCACAUCACGCAGAGAGUUUACGCAUAGAUAUAAAACUCACAAGAAAGCCUUGUCAGAUUGGCGUUGCUCCUGACGUUAUAGAUGCCACCAAGAUGGAGUUCUCCCAGGGUGACUCCAUCCAUGGUUUUGUGACCAUCCAAAACGUGUCGAAGCAGGCUUUUUCCUACGAAAUGUUUUCCGUGCUUUUUGAAGGCAGAGUGUCUGUCAAUGGAGAGGAUCCAAGUAAACAAGCGGUCUUCUACAAGUUUCUCAAUAUGCUCGACUACAAGGCAGCAUGGACGCCAGCGUACUUCGUGGGUGAUACCUCGCAGACCACAGAAAUUGACCCUGUGGACGGCUCAAAUUUGAUGCUCCUGAGCGACAAAAAGUUUGUUCCUGGCGUGAUCUACAAAAAGUUCUUCGAUUUCACUAUUCCCGAGAAGCUUCUCGAAUCCGCCUGCGAGAUUCAUGAUCUCCCCUGUCAUUGUGAACUUCUUCCGUCAAUUGGUCUCGACAGAGAACAGUUCUUGCAAAGUUUGCGUAAGCUUCGUGAAAAAUCGGCCGCUUCCCCAAAGCCAGCGAAACCUUCUUUUGGUAUUGGAACUCCUCCUGAACCUUCAGCUACACUUAAGAAGCCACUUCCCACUUCUUUGAACCGCAAACCUACUCCAAAGAACUUGCGUGUCAAAGACUUUUCGUUUCCUGACACUUCUGUGAGUUACUGUGUGGAAGCUAGGAUCUUCGGAAGACUUUCAUUAUACAACAAGGACGCCACUAAAGACAAAGAUGAAUUUAUCAUCUUGAAAGACUCCAACUAUCCUGUAAGAGUCAUUCCCAAAAACACAGGUAUCAGAACUGUGGAACAUGAAAGAGCCGCUCAGCACUACUACGAUCUGUUUGUUCGUGAGGUAAAGGCGUGCAUCGAGAUUGGAAGGUCCUUGGAUGGUAAGAGUGACAACCUUGCAAGAAGACCAUCAGUUUUGAAGAACAAACAGCUUUAUACCAGAGAGAGCUUUGAAGAUGUCACUGCCAGAGCCCAGGAGAGUCUGAUGUACGAGAUUUUCUUGCCGUUCAAGAAGAAAUCGCUCACACAGCCUGCUAAAGUUAUUGGUAUGCUCUGUGCAAAAACUCCCAAAAAUGAGUAUGUGGUGAGGUACCAGCCCCCUUAUACUUACCAGCCAUACACGAAGCUGAACGUCGCAUUGGGUCGGAACUUCACUGUGCCUCUUGACUUGACGUUUCUGUUUGUUGAGAACAGCGGUGUGAACCCAAAAACUCAUAACCCGCCCGAUAUUCGAAGUGUCGGCGUGGAGCUUGUUCUCUGUACUUACCGUUCACGUAAGUACCCUAUUCCCGUCGAAUUUACAAAGCAUAUGCAAUUCCGGAACAAGCCAUCCAGCGACUCUCUCGAGACCUACGUUAUGCAGCCCUUUUCCACUUAUUUGGCUGAAUUGUCGAAGUUAACUGAGCGCUACACCCACCAGGAGCUCAACCUAGACAACCAGAUGGUGAUGGACAUCAAGUGUCUUGCCAACAUUCUGACCAAAUACAACAGCUUUAAAGUUGACAAUGUCAAGUGCGAUGUCCAGGGAAGUUGGAAAAGUGCUGACACCAAGGGAAUGAAGUUCCAGAAGAAAAUUGGUGUUUCGAUCAACCUUGAUGGCCUCUUCAACAAGGAGGUCAACAGGCUGUCCGACGAUAUUCUGUCCGAGGCUGUCUGCCUAGUGCCUACUUUUCAAGAAUGUAUUGUGGGUAGAUACUACUACUUGAGUCUUCAAGUCAAGCUUCUGAACAAUGAUAGUCUCACUAUCAAGGUUCCCUUGAGGAUACAGAACUAG